CUGGAUUUUUAUUCUCUCACGCACGUUCGAACCGUAGAGGUCCGCUCGUUCACGAUCAGUUUUCUCGUCAUUAUUGUUGUGUUUGUACAGUCAGUUCGCUGUUGUAUUGUCUAAUAAUGGCACGUACUAAGCAGACCGCUCGCAAAUCCACCGGCGGUAAGGCGCCGAGGAAGCAGCUCGCCACCAAGGCGGCGCGCAAGAGCGCACCGGCCACCGGCGGAGUGAAGAAGCCCCAUCGCUACAGGCCCGGCACUGUGGCUCUCCGUGAGAUCCGUCGUUACCAGAAGAGUACAGAGCUGUUGAUCCGCAAGCUGCCUUUCCAGCGUCUCGUGCGUGAAAUCGCCCAGGACUUCAAGACCGAUCUCCGCUUCCAGAGCUCCGCUGUUAUGGCACUUCAGGAGGCCAGCGAGGCUUACCUCGUCGGUCUCUUCGAGGACACCAACUUGUGCGCUAUCCACGCCAAGCGUGUCACCAUCAUGCCAAAGGACAUUCAGCUCGCUCGCAGGAUCAGAGGCGAACGUGCUUAAGGUGUCCCGCGCUUGAUCAACGGUUGACCGGCGGUGCGCGCUCACACUAAAAAGGCCCUUUUCAGGGCCACA